AUGAGGCGUGUGGAUGAGUUACGUAAGUGGGAUAGAAUGGGUGCUGUUGCUGCUACUCUCGCUGCCGGUACUGCUACCACUACUGUCAAAGAUGCUGUUGAUACUCUCGCUGCUGCUGCUGCUGCUACUGCUGCUACCCGCGCUGAUGCUGGUGCUGUUGUUACUGUUGGUACUCCCGUUGCUGCUACUGCUGCAGCUGCUGCUACUCCCGCUGCUCCUGCUGCUACUACUGCUGUUUACAUUACUGAUGCCUCUGCUGGUUUGGGGAUGUCGCAUGGGAGUGUGUUGGUGGCUGUGACCUUGGUGGUGCAGGUGUCUGCUUCACGCCUAAGGGGCUCGGGCACCCCACUACUGCCACCACUGUUCCCAGUGGUCUGA